UGCUGCAGGGAGAAGAGGGAGACAACACGGUGAUGCGGUGACACAUGGCAGCCUGCACCGCUCGGAGCGCAGCUUCCCCCGGACACAGGAGCGACUGCAUGGUCCCUGGGACGCUGAGAGCCGCAGCAGGGAGGCUGGAUGCCGGAUCAGAGCCGCAGUAAGGAGCCCGGAGAGCCUGAUCAUCACACCGCCCCUCGUGCGCCUGAAGACUUUUGUCCCUGCCGAGCCGCCGUCGCCAUGGGAGACAACGUGUCCAAGCGGCUGAAGCUGAUCUCGGCUACAGACGCAGAGAUGGAGGAGCGCUCCUUCCUCAACCCCUACCCGGACUGGGAGCAGGGGGUCCUGGCGUCCAGCUCCGGGGCCCAGCAGGACCACAACCAGCCGUUUGAUGCAGAAGGAAAGGUGAGUGCAGCGUUCCAGAAGAAGGUCCAGGAUAAGAUCAAAGAUCUCCUCCAGCAGAUGGAGGAGGGCCUGAAGACUGCAGACCCCCAUGACUUCUCCACCUACACCGGCUGGACAGGCAUUGCCUUGCUGUACCUGCAGCUGCACCGGGUGCUCAGUGAGCCCACCUACCUGCAGAGAGCUCUGGACUACGUCAAGAGGACCAUGAGGACCCUGAAUGGUCGUAAAGUGACGUUCCUGUGUGGAGACGCGGGGCCCCUGGCGGUGGGGGCCGUGGUCCACCACAAACUGAACAACACUGCUGAGAGCCAAGACUGCCUGUCCAGGCUCCUCCAGCUGCAGCGUUCGGUGCUGAGUCCAGAGUCUGAGAUGCCAGAUGAGCUGCUGUACGGCCGGGCCGGCUACCUUUACGCUCUGCUCUACAUUAACAAAGAGAUCGGAGCUGACACGGUGGACGAGAGCACCAUCACAAAGGUGGUGACGGCCAUCGUGGACUCAGGGAAGAACUUGUCAGCAGAGCAGAAGAAGACGGACCGCUGCCCUCUGCUCUAUGAAUGGCACAAGAAGCAGUACAUCGGUGCUGCCCACGGCCUGGCUGGCAUCUACUUCAUGCUCAUGCAGCCAGGAGCAAAGGUCGAUCCAGAAGUUCUGUCGGAGUUGAUCCGUCCCAGCAUCGACUACGUCCGCCACAAGAGGUUUCGUUCAGGGAACUUCCCGUCAUCGCUGAGUAACGAGAGUGACCGGUUGGUCCACUGGUGUCAUGGAGCCCCUGGUGUCAUCCAUUUGCUCAUAAUGGCUUAUACGGUGUUUAAAGAGGAGAAAUACUUGAAGGAGGCUGCAGAAUGUGCCGAGGUGAUCUGGCACCGGGGCUUGCUGAGAAAAGGCUACGGGAUCUGCCACGGAACAGCUGGCAACGGCUACGCCUUCCUGUCCCUCUACAAGCUCACCCAGGAGAAGAAGUACCUGUACCGUGCCUGCAAGUUUGCUGAGUGGUGUUUGGACUAUGGAACCCACGGCUGUCGCAUCCCAGACAGACCCUACUCUCUUUUUGAAGGCAUGGCGGGGGCCAUCUACUACCUGUCGGAGGUGGUUCAGGUCCAGCCUGAGGCCUCCUGCUUCCCUGCCUUCGGACUUUGACCCGCCGUAUAAAAAGGGAAGAAUUUUGAACACAACUCCAGAUUGAAUGUUGUUGCAGUCAGCUGCUGGACUGAAGGAGAUCAUGUGAAUGGAUAUUUAUUUUUAUUUACCAUUGGAACACCAAUGAGGUCUUGUUCUCAUCCAUUACAAUUUAUAG